AUGGCUCCGGAAUCGGCCGCUGAUGACGAAGAUGACUACAUGAACAUGAGUUUCGAGGACACUGCUCCUGACAAGAAGAAUGAGACUCUCACACAAAAGAAGCGACGACUUGCCCGUGAAGCUGAGCAAAAGGCGCGACCGAAGUCCAAAGCAGAGCUGGCUGAGGAAGAGCGCAAGAAACGAGACGGGGCCUUGAACAAGAAUGCUCUGGAUACCAACAAUAAAGGGUACAAGAUGAUGACGGCACUGGGAUACAAAGCUGGAAGCGCACUCGGAGCAGCACGAGAGCCAGCGGAUGGUGAGAAAGAUACCCGACUGCUAGAACCCAUUGGUCUAGAUAUGAAAGACUCGAGAAGCGGUAUAGGAGCAGAUGCCGAGAAGAAGCGGAAAUUCAGGGAGGAAGUCGAGGCACAACAGCAGGUGGACAAAAAGAGGAAAGUCGAGGCCGGCGAUUUCAGAGAGAGACAGCAGAAGGAGCGAGAAGAAAAAAGAAUGGAAGGGCAGGUGUGGGGUGCAAUGAAAGUGUGCGAAAGGCUGGAAGAAGAAGAAGAGGCAGAAGUGGAUGCCGCAAGGGGCACCCCCAAGCGAACGAAACCAUUGCAGUGUGUCAAUGUUCUAUGGCGAAGUCUUGUCAAGCAAAGGGCGAUCAACGAACGGGACCGAAGGAUGAGGUACGAUCUCCAUCAGUCACUCUCCAGGCGAGCCGAUUACAAUGACCCAGAAGAAGAGAGCGAGGAUCAGAUUUCCUUCGCGAAGAAGGCUGACACCGAGGAGGUCGAUAUCGCUUUGGACAAUGGCGACGAGGAACUUGAUCAGUUUGAAGCCCUCGAGGUCUCUGAGAAGUUGGCGAACCUGGUUGCGUACCUCCGCGAGCGUUGGUAUUACUGCUUCUGGUGCAAAUAUAGAUAUUCGGACAAGGAGUUGGAAGGUUGUCCAGGUGCCACUGAGGAGGCCCAUGACUAA